AUGUCGAGAGAUCCAUACCACGAUUUCGCAUCGGACCUCAAAGCGUCGCUCUCAUCAGCGCGCUCCCUCUCCCAAUCCUACCAACAACUCGUCACUCGCUCAACAACACAUUCGCACGCAUCUUCCAGCUCAUCCCUGCAUACUCCAGGAGAGAUACAGUCGGCAUACGACCGCUUGUCCGAUGCAAUCGAAGGGUUACGGCAGGAUGUCGAAGAUGUCAAGCAGAGCGUGCUCGUCGUGGAACGCAGCGGUCCAGAGAGGUUCGGUGUGACACCGGAAGAGUUGCAGAGUCGGAAAGCAUUUGUAGCUGAAUGCGAGGCGGAAGUCAAGGCACUGCUUAAAGUGGUGAAAGGAUCACCACCCGGUAGGAGAGAUAGAGCAGGGCUCGAUGCGGUGCAUAUAGACGUGGAUGACGCAGACGAAGAUGCUACGGAAGCGUUUGAACGCGAGCAGCAACAAAUGCUCAUGUCACGCCAAGAUUCGACGCUCGACAAGAUCGGAACCACGCUCAGCUCGCUUCGCAAUCAAGCUGGCAUAAUGGGGCACGAGAUCAACGAACAGAUCGAGAUCAUUGACGCGUUUGAUACCGAGGUGGAUCAGAGCCAGGGAAGACUGGGAAACGCUAUGAGAAAGAUGGACGAAGUGGUGCGCAUCAGCGAUGAGAGACUGGGCGGCUGGUGUGUUUGGAUUUUGAUCGUGAUCCUGUUUCUGUUGCUGUUGGUGGUGUUUUUGAUAUGA